AUGAUGGAUCGGAUACCGUCACUAUCGAUACCGGGAUUAUCGCUGGGCCCGCACUCGCUCUCCAUACCGACGUCGCAGGGUCUGGCGAAUCAAUCAUCACACGCCGCCCUGAACUCGCUCGGGCUGCACUCGCAGAAUUUGCAUGCCUCGUCCGUAUCGGCCCUGCACAACUCCCAGACCACCAACCUGCACCAGAGCGUCGGUGGGCUGCUGAACGGUGCGGCCAGCAACGGACUGCUCAGCCAGGCGAUGCUCAAGAAGCCGACCGAGGAGCACAUCAAGCGGCCAAUGAACGCGUUCAUGGUGUGGUCCCGGCUGCAGCGGCGGAAAAUUGCCCAAGACAAUCCGAAGAUGCACAACUCGGAGAUCUCCAAGCGGCUCGGUGCCGAAUGGAAGCUGCUAACCGAGGACGAGAAGCGGCCGUUCAUCGACGAAGCCAAACGCCUGCGGGCGAUGCACAUGAAGGAGCACCCGGACUACAAGUAUCGGCCGCGCCGGAAACCGAAACCGAUCCGCCGCGACGGUUACCCCUACCCGAUGACGUAUCCAUCCGUUCCGGUCGAUGCGCUCCGAGCCGGAAUCACGCCAAGCUACUUCGCACCGGGCGCCCCGUACCACUUAGGAAGUCAUCUGUCACAAGCCAGUCCUCCCACGACUCAGUCAUCGCUCUCUUCCCAGAUGGAUGUGUCCAAGUUCGCCCUGGACCGGAGUGCUUAUCUCAACACGGCGGCUGGGGCGCUCUACGAUACGUCAAAGUCGCAGACCAACCCGUACAGCGCGUAUCUGGAUCCCACCUCCGUCCUGACGAAGGCGUACUUCGACUCCAAGAUGUACCAGGACCGGGCGCAGGCGGCCGCCAACUACGCGUUCGACAUCUCCAAAAUCUACGGCACAUCGGCCCAGCAGCAGCAGCAGCAUCAACAGCAUCAACAGCAGCAACAGCAACAGCAACAGCAGCAUCAACAGCACUCCCACCAUGGGAUGAAUCAUCAGCACCAGCUGAACGGAAGUGGCAGCGGAAACGUUCUGGACGAGCGAGAAUCCACGCCCCAACUUGGAGACGUGACGGCGGACAUUAAGCCCCAACUGGUGGACUCUCUGGAAGGGUCUCCCCUGCACAGCCACAGCUACGGGGGCAGUUUGCUCGGCGCCAGCGGUGCCAGCGGUCUUUACCAUCAGUACUCGGCGGCUGCGGCAGCGGCGGCCGCCAGUCAAGCGGCCAGCGGCAGCGGUGGCGUUGGUGGUGGUGGCGGCGGCGCUUCCGGGACCGGUAGCUCCUCUCCCGGUGACUACCGCCGCCCGCUGACGGUCAUCUUUUGACCCAACUCCGAGCUGAUGGUCGACCGAGACUACUGAAGCUGUGCAAUGAGUCGUUGACGUGACAGAAUUAGGAUCCGAUUUCCGUAUCUUGCACUCUCUACUUUACGACGCAGUAUACGAAACGAAAAGAGGUUGUCGGAUUGUGUUUUGAAAUAAAAUUCGAUUAGUUUUCGCGUGUUUUUAUUGAGAAACGGUUUCGUUGUUUCGCGCGCCCCCCGCAGAGGCUCAAUAGGGUAUCAGAUCGUCGGCAGUUAGCGGUUAGCGUAUGAAGGCCGAAAAACGACAUUUUAAAAAUCUACAACAUAAUGAACAACGAGCGACGCAGGACAGGGAAAAACUUCAUGAAAUGGCAUUAGCAGCCAGCAGGAGAGCACAUGUAAUAGAACCUUCUCCAUUCAUUAAUAUACACACCAACCUUCUUCAUUGGGAGCGAGUUUCAUUGGAGGGCAUC